AUGCGCCACGACAGCACCAUAUUGAUAUAUAUAUUGCUAUUGAACGAUGGAAGCAGGAUUGAGCAUGUUGACAAAUACCCUAUUUGGGCGGUCCGAUCGAAGCGCAAGUUCGACAUCGACCCCAACGCAUCCGAUCCCGACGACUUUGAUUACGACGAUUCGGAAAGACGCGCAGCACCUCAGCGCCGUCGCAACCGAGGCACGCCGGGGGCCAAAAAGAAGCCCUCGAAGCGCCAGCGGCGCGUGUACAGCGGCUCUGACAUCGACGACGACGACGAAAUCGAGUCGGACGACUCCUUUACCGAGCGCUCCGAGUCAGAGGAGCCAGAAAUCAAUCCUGCGACAGGCAGAAGUGUGCGUCGCGCCACCAAGAAGCAGAUCAAAUACGAAGAGAGCGAAGACGAAAUCGAAGACACGCCAUCGGAAGACGAUUCGCCUAAGCCUGCCUCGCGACGCCGUGCACAGCCGUCCAUCGAAAAGGUCGACAAGCCAUCGCUUAUUGUAAAGCUGAAGAUGCCCGACAAUAGCUCUAGUCGCAACCUGCGCACUCGCACUGGCAGCAAAUCACUUGCGCGCGGAAGAACACCAGAGGUUCAUGGAACUCGACGUAGUACUCGUCUUUCGCAUGAUAUUGAAGAACCUAUCGUCGCACUCUCUGACUCUGGCAAGCAUGUCACCGUCAUCCGUGAAGGAACUCGCAGUCCUGAGCCCAUUGCGCGCCCAACAAGAGGAGGCAAGGGUCCCAAGAUCGAGCAUCCUAGCGCCAUUAUGGAAGCUUCGCAGGAGACAUCAAUGAUCCACGAUGACACUCCUGGUCCCCUCGACGCCAUCGUUGCUGGCACCCAGACCCAAGUGGAGGCAAGCAAGGACAGCUCACCUGCCCAAGAUGCGCAAGAGGAAGAUGCCGAGGGCGAGGAAGACAUGGAAGGUGUAAUUCAAGAAUCUCAGCAUGACGAAGGUGCUGCUGAGGAUUCUGACGAGGAGGGCCCAGUGGCCCGCAAUGGCCGUAAUUUGAGGAAUCGUGCCGCAUCAUCCAAGCGCAAGCGUGCCGCCGACGAGAGCAGUGACUUUGAACCCCCAGCCGAGGACGAAAAAGAGGAAGAACUAUCCGAGUCUGACAACGACAAGGGCAAGGCAUCUGCAUCAGAAAGCGCUUCAGGCUCAGGAAGGCGGUCGAACCGCCUGCGAGGGAAGACUCGUCAGUCCCAACGCAGUAGGCGCAACUCAUCGUCUGAGGAAUCGGGAUUGGAUCAAGAUGAAUUGCAGGAUGAGCUUCAGGACCUGGAAUAUAACAAAAGACGGCGACUGAGCCGCCGAAAGCCGGACGAGGACCUGUCUUAUGACACGGUGCCCAAACGUCGAGCCCGCAACACCGGAGUAGACUACCGUGUCGUCCGACCAGAGAUGAACACUAUGUUCGACAAUGACGACGAUCCUCCCGUUGCUGACAAACCACGGGCAAGAGGUGGCAGAUCUACAUACAGGAGCCUCUGGCGCAGCCAAGGUCCCUUUGGUGGCGGUGUCGAAGCUGGCAUAGGCGCGGCAGGCGGUGACUCUGACAGCAGCGAGGAUGAGAACCAGAAGAUGCCUAAACCAGCUGGUGGAAUGAUUGGCAUGACCCCAACCACAGCGACAGCCCCUGGGUUUGGGUUUCCCCAAACUCACAAUGCUGACCCACAACAAGCCUCUGGUGGUGGCCCAGCAAAUCUUGGCAAGGUCAAGGACAAGAAGGCUCUUGCGGACGCCGAUCCUCUGGGCGUCGAUCCAAACGUCAAUUUCGACGGAGUAGGCGGUUUGGAUGAUCACAUUAACAAACUGAAGGAAAUGGUCAUGCUUCCACUGCUAUACCCUGAAGUUUUCCAACGCUUCAAGAUCACACCUCCACGAGGUGUUUUGUUCCAUGGACCACCUGGUACCGGUAAAACACUUCUUGCCCGUGCUCUCGCUUCCAGUGUCAGCACGCAUGGGCAGAAAGUCACCUUCUACAUGCGCAAAGGUGCUGAUGCCUUGAGCAAGUGGGUCGGAGAAGCUGAGCGGCAGCUUCGUCUUUUGUUCGAAGAAGCGCGGAAAACCCAACCCAGUAUCAUCUUCUUUGAUGAAAUCGAUGGUUUGGCACCCGUUCGAUCGAGUAAACAAGAGCAAAUCCAUGCUUCAAUUGUCGCAACCCUUCUUGCCCUAAUGGACGGUAUGGAUGGUCGUGGGCAGGUCAUCGUCAUAGGUGCUACCAAUCGACCUGAUUCGGUAGACCCUGCACUUCGACGUCCAGGACGAUUCGAUCGAGAGUUCUAUUUCCCACUACCAAAUGUUGCAGGUCGACGAGCCAUCAUCGACAUUCAUACCAAAAACUGGGACCCACCUCUAAAGCCGGAUAUGAAGGAUCAACUUGCAGAGCUGACCAAGGGCUACGGUGGUGCCGAUAUUCGGGCCUUGUGCACAGAGGCAGCCUUGAACGCUGUGCAAGGAACAUAUCCUCAAAUCUACACAUCUGAAAAGAAAUUGUUGAUUGAUCCGAGCAACAUCAAGAUCCUAGCAAAGGAUUUCAUGAUCUCAGUCAACAAGAUGGUUCCUUCCUCUCAGCGAACCGUCACAGCAAGCGCAGCGCCAUUGGGCAAGAACAUCGAGCCACUGCUGCGGAAACCCCUUGAGGCAAUCAUCAAGCGUAUUGACGAACUUAUUCCUCGGAGAAAGAAACUCACGGCACUCGAAGAAGCUGAAUUUGACGAUCGAGACGACGAGAAAGGUUUCGAGCGUGAGGCCACUAUGCGAAAUUUCGAAAGCAGCAGGAUCUUCAGGCCUCGUCUACUCAUCAGUGGUCUCCAAGGCAUGGGUCAGCAAUAUCUUGGUGCUGCGUUGUUGAACAGAAUAGAGGGAUUGCAUGUUCAAUCCUUUGACCUUCCAACCAUCUUGGAAGACUCAACCCGAACACCCGAGGCAGCCAUCACGCAACUGUUCACGGAAGUGAGGCGACACAAGCCCAGUGUCAUCUACAUCCCUGCAGUCGACGUUUGGUACCAAACACUACCCGCACAAGCGAUCAAAACGUUCAAGCUUCUUUUGCGAAGUAUUGGUGCCAAUGAGCCAAUCAUGGUUCUGGGUAUCAUGGAACUAUCAAGUGAAAAUGAGAAGCCUGACCGACAGAUGAUGAUGGAUCUCUUCUCCUUCUCACAGACGAACCAGUUUCAGCUCAAGCGACCGGACCAAGAAGGCCGCUCGGAAUUCUUUAACAACAUCAGCCACUACAUCCGCAUGUCUCCUGCAGAUUUCCCCGAUCCUGAUAAUAGGAAGAAGCGCGUACUGCCUGAACUGGAGGCCGCUCCCAUCGUUGAGCCGGUUAUUGAUCCUAAAGAACUUGCAGCUCGCGAAAAGUGGCAGAAGAAACAAGACAGACUCACGCUCAACAAGAUGAAGAUAGUCAUCCAGCCCAUCAUGGAUCAGCUGAAGAGGAGCCACAGGAAGUUCUUCAAGCCAAUCCUGGAAGAAAGCUGGUACUCUUAUUUGCUUGAGGAACAGGACCCUGACUUUGUCCGGUCAGACUUGCCACACGACGAGCAAGAAGAGCAGGGUGCCAUACGACCAUGGGAGUUCUCUAAAGAUUCCAAGGGUGUCGACGUCCUUUUGCACGUGGAGAGUGGCAACAAGUAUUACAACUUGGACCUCAGUACAAUUGAGAAACGCCUUUCGAACGGUUACUACAAGCGCCCAGCAGAUUACCUCUUUGAUAUCAAGACUCUUGUCAAAGAUGCUAAGACUUUUGGAGAUGCCGAACGAACCUUGAAGGGUAAUGAGAUGAUUACAAACGUCGAGGUCGAUCUCGAUAACUUCUUCAUGCAGCAAAAUCCCGGCCUGCUCGCAGAAUGUGAGGCAGUAUAUCAGCGCGAACUCGAGAGGGAGCGCAAGGCGCAAGAGAAGCGGGAGAAGGCCAUGGCGGCGAACAAAGAGUUUGCUGAUAUCGCCCGGGUGCCUCCUGAGCAGUCAAUCGGUACAACGGAGACCUCGGGGCCUAUUGUCUUGGGCGAACCCAUUCCUGGGCACUUGGCUAUGCCACCUGUAACUCCGUUGCGGCCUGUUCAUGCUGCGGAGUUAUCUAAUGGCACACAGCACGCAACCAACGGCUCUACCGCGCCUUCCAACGAUGACACACACAUGACUGACAGCCAAGAUUUGAAUACCAAUACGCAACAUGAUUUCCACUUCCAGACUCCAAGUAGGAUUGACACUCAGGGAACUCAGACGCAGAAGUCGCAGAUUGCGGGUCGCACAUUCAUGGCGCCGAACUCGCAUCCCAAUGACUACCACAACAGCGCUUCCACGACAACUUCUGGUCAAAAGACUUCGCACAGGUCUUCAGACAACAAGUUCAGUACUCAGAGUAGCAAUGGUGUUGCCCCCACUGGCAUCCCCAACUUUUCGGAGAUGCUGCCAGAACAGAGCGGCUCACAGCUUCCUGACACACAAGGUUCGCCAAAUUUCUUUGCUCGACGCUUCCAACUCUCGCCCCGUAUCUCCCCAGCACCAACAACUGACCACGUCCCCAAAACAGAAGUCCACUACGUCAGCAGUCAACCGUCAAACUCUCAACCCUCGCAAUCACCGCAAUAUGUUACUUCCAUGCCAGCGCCUGCACCUCCACAUCACUCGAAUCUCAACCAGAUUUUGAAUGACGAGGAGCCGAAGCCUCAGCUCAUUAUCGACGAUGCACUUGUUACGGCCUUGCACGAUAAGCUUGUGCAGUCUACAUCCGGUUGUUCACUCGAACAACUAGAGCAAAUCAAUGCCGCGCUCAUGGAUGCCAUCUGGAAGCACCGAUCCGACUACAACCGCAACGUUGUCCUUAAGGAGGUCACCGAAGCGUUCAACGUCAUCAUCAACGAUAUCCAGGCCAUGCAAGAGAUCCUUCGAUCAAGCCAAGAAGAAGAGGAGGCGGAAAUGCGGAGACAAUACCACUCUACGCAAGAUGACUGGUUCUCUCAGACACAAGCACGUCGCUAG